UGAAGAUUGUAACUAUGGAGAGGUAUAGCCGAACUCUGUUGAUCCUUCUGCUGGUUAUGAUUUUCCAUUCCUCAGUUGCUGUAGAUGGGUUGAAAAGUGACAAGCUUUGCGGGCAGUGCCGGAAGUGUGACACAAAGCAGUGCCCUGCAAGUGAUGCCUACCCACAUAUGACUGCACAUGAUGACACCCUCAUUGCUGGUGCCUUGCAGUCUGAUUUUGUGGAUGUAAAUGAUAGAGGGGUUUACUCGGUACCAGAUAUAAAGGGUGGCACAUCGGCUAAAUAUAAUGCUUACUUCGGCUGGGAGUCUACUUCUGGUUCUGCUUCUGGCUACCACAGGUUUAGGAACUAUAUGGACAAAUGCUCAAAAGGAGGAAGCUACCUAACAGUAGACAAGCAUGGCAAGGUGAGUCUUCGCUCACUGGGGUCACUAGAAAGCUUAGCAGAAGCUGACUGGAAAUCCGUAAACCCACCAAAGAAGCUAAACCACAGAGAGUUUCGAUUCUGGGUAUCUCAUAGCACAGGAAAGUGCCUCACGGUCUUCGGAGGAAAGACAAAGAAAGACAAGAGAAGUGUUGGUGUAGCUGAAUGCAAGUUUGAUGGCUCAAACCCUUUUCAGCUAUUCGCAUUUCGCUUUCAUUACCAUAAAGCAUUCUGCUGCUGUGGCCUUAGUAAUGAGUGAAUUCUUGAAGAAUGUCACUGAUUACUGAUAGAACAUAUAUAUAUGCGCCAUGUCUCAGGAAUUUGAUGUUUCAUGAUUGUGAAGCAUAAGUGCUUUUUUCAUUCCUAUGUAUUAGGAAUUCAAGGCACAAAGAAAGAUGACAG